AUGAGCGUAGCAGUCCAGCUGCCUCCCGUCACCAACAUCCACACCAUGGCCGCUCUUCCUUCCUCGUCCGCGCUCCAGCUCGCUCCUGCUGCUUCGGCGUCUACUUCCACAGAUGCCAUGACGCAGCCUGCCGAGUCCACGGACAAGCCCUCGGAUCUUCCUCCCAUGCCCGUUCCGUACGAAGACUUUCAAUUCUCCCUCGACUUGCCAGCUGAGCUCGACCUCAGCGAUCUUCAAUUCCUCAGCGGGGUCGACCGCAAAGGCGGCCCUUCCAACCCAAUGACUCCCGGUCUCACUUCGCACUUCCUCGCAUCCACACCACAAGGCAUGUCCUUUGGGCAAGACGACGUUCUCAUGGCGAGCAGAUCCAACAGUCGAAGAGGAAGCCUCUCAAAAGGUAGCCGACCGGCAUCUCCCCGGAUCGCUUCGUCUUCACGCUUCAUUGAAUCCGCCUUGCGGCCCCCACCGCCCCCCGAUUUCGAGCCAACAGGACCCAGCAUGUUCGACACAGAUGCCUUCGCCAGCGGCACCUUUUCGCCCUUUGGUAUGGGCACUCCAGGAGCCAGCGACAAGACUGCGCAGAACGGUCAGCUCUUUGACGCAAAGGAGAAGAACAUGCUCGUCAACUUCCUGGAGGGGUUCGAAUGGGAUUUUGACCCAAGCCUCCCAGAGGGCAUGCCGAGCUUCUCGGCCGCCGCAGCAGAAAGGUCGGCAGCAGCUGCAGAGGGAAUGGGCUUCCCAGCCGAUUUCGGCUCGGCGACAGCAAGCAAGGACCCCAUGCUGCACGAGGGCCCUGCCCUGUCGACAGCAGCGCGACGUUUGCAAAACCGCACCAAGACUGCGGCGGGACUGGCUUCUGCUUCUUCCGGCUCUGGCUCCGGAUCCGCGACCGCUUCGUCGCAAAGCCCGCACGACACUUCCUCGUCUGCUACGUCGCCACACGGCUCUGGACGCGGGCAUCAGCAUCGUCGAUCGCUCAGCAACAAGUCGCGCUCCUUCCACCACGAUGCAGAUCUCGUCAACACGGCCUUCGGCGGCGGAUUGUCGGAAUGGUCGUCUGGCAACGCAUCACAACAACAACAACAACAGCAGCAGCAGCAGCAGCAGCAGCAGCAGCAGCAGCAGCAGCAGCAGCAGCAGAUGCAGAACUCAUACGCACAGCACGCAGUGCACGACAACUCGGCGACGGGCAGCAAGCGUCACGCGGGUCACUUUGGCAUGGGAGACGCAGACGAGCAGACACAGGCAGCGCUAGCGCUGGGUUCACUCACCGGAAUGCACGCAGAUCUGUUCCGCAUGAGCGCAGGCCUCGAUACUCUCAACAAACCUGAUCACAAGCAGGCUCCCGCUCCACCUCAAGCGCCAGCGAAUCCCGCUCAGACCAUCACAAAAAGCGCAUCGGGCAAAAAGCUCAAGACGGAGCACGAGGACGACGAUGGAACGGGGGACGGCGGAAGCAAACGCGAGCUGCUCACCGAGUCCGAGAAGCGCCAGAAUCAUAUCCUGUCCGAACAGCGACGCAGGAACUACAUCCGGGAAGGCUUCAAGGAUCUGGUUGUGCUGCUGGACGAUGGGCGCAAUUUCGGCGCGAGAGCGCUGGGUCUUUCUUCAGGCUUUGGCACGGGUGUCGAGGACGAAGGGCUGGAUGACCGAUCGGACAUCGAUGAUGUCGUCGACGUGCUCGCUGUGGGCCGCAAGAAGCCUCCGAAGAAAGCCAAGAAGGCUGGUCCGGACGGUGUGCGACAGCGCGGCAAGGGACGUGGGAGGGGUGGUAGCGCCGGUGGUGGCGCUGGAUCCAAGAGCGCAGUGCUCUUCCAGGCGGUCGACCUGAUCAGGUGGCUGGAUGGGAAAAGCAAGGAGCUGACACGCCAAUGUGAGGAUCUGGAGCAGAUGGCGGGCAUUCCCGACCCAGAGAGCAUCGUUGCUGCGAAUAGGCCGGCGAGUGCCAAGGCUGUUUAG